AGAAUAGCAAAUAGCACGGUUUCGAACAUCUAUGUCAUUAUAGUGACUGUGUCCGUGAUCGUAGGAAUACGUGCUUGUGUAAGAAAAUUGACAAGUGGCGAAAGUUUAUAUUUCAAAGAGAAUUUAAGGAAUUCGGAAGAAAACUAGUGAUUGAAGCUUAUUACUUUAAAAUUAAAUAUUUAUUACGCAAUUUCGACCAUAUUGACACCUAAUUCCAUUAAAUAUGUCUACACGAUAUAUGAAAAAAGUAUACGGAGGUGAUGCAUUACCAGAGAAAGAUAGUGAAAGCGAGAGCGAAGCAGAGAAUUUAAUGAUACGUGAUGUAAAAUCCAAGACAUUCAAUUUAUUUGAUUUAUUAGAUCAAGAUUCUGAAACUACAGAAAAAGAAAACGAAGAACAACAAGUUGUUGAAGAAGAUACUAAAGUUGAGGUUAAACGUAAAAAGAGGAAGACAAAGCAAAAGAAAACAGACAUAGAAGUUUCUACUCCCCAAGAACCCACAGAUGAGAUCGAAAGGUGCAUAAGGGAAGUGAAUGAACUACUUGGAGAACCACAUCCAGGUUGUAGUUCUCAAGACACAAAUAAAAAACAGUGGAUAGAACAACGAUCUAAAGAAGAUAUUUUGCUGGUGCAGCAUAAACAUUUAAAUCCAUACAAUGAACUUAAAAGAAUAUUUGGUAGUAAAACAGUACAAGCUGAACAGAAUAACAGAAGAAAUAGGCCUCGUUCAGGUCAUUUGAAGAAAACUUGGUUAGUAUCGGCCAGAGACAAUUGGCCACCGAUCAACAAAUCUGGUCUUUCUAUGUCACUGGAUCAUACUAUGACAGCUACUGGUAACGUUCAAUAUUUUGUAUACGAACAUGGUCCAUCGUAUAGACAGGUUCAAUUAAAAUUCUUAGAAGCUGUUGAAAGUUUAAAUCCUGAAAAUAUUGUUAAUAUAAUAAAUGCGCAUUCUUAUCAUGUUGACGCGCUGUUACAAUUAGCAGAGCUUUGUGAACUCAACGAAGAUUUGGCAAUGGCUGCAGAAUUCACAGAACGAGCAUUAUAUUGCUUGGAAUGCGCUUUUCAUCCCUUGUUUAAUGUUACAACUGGUCUCAGUAGGCUAGACUAUAGGAAACAACAGAAUCGUGCUUUAUUCAUCACUCUGUUCAAGCACAUGAAUUUUGUCGGCGGACGUGCUUGUUAUAGAACUAGUUUGGAAUUUUGUAAAUUACUUUUAUCGCUUGAUCCAGAACGUGAUCCGCUAGCUGUGGUCCUUACUAUCGACUAUUAUGCUUUAAGAGCAAAAGAAUAUGAAUGGUUUAUAGAAUUUUGUGACCUUUGGGAUGGUACAACGCAUCUGACGCAACUGCCGAAUAUAGCAUACAGCUUAGCGUUAGCGUAUUUUCAUUUGGGUGAUGAAACAUUCGCCAGUGUACUUUUACAGGACGCUUUACUAAUGUUUCCAGAAGUUCUAAUGCUCUUGUUGAAUAAGUGCAGUAUACAAACCGACGAAAAGGUACGGAAUCAUGAGUUUUUUAAAAAUAAGGCUUCGACCAUACCAGCUUUAGAAAAAUUAGAGCAGCAUUAUGUGGCACGUAGUUUUCGUUUAUGGACAGAUGCAGAUCUUUUGCCAUGGUUACGUGAAAAUGUGCAUGCUGUAUUAAAUCGAGUCGACAGUAAAGAUGUUUAUAUAAAAUAUUGUGAACGAAAACGAAGUGUACAGUAUCAUGGUUUAUUGCCAAAAAAUGUUUUAAGGCACAUUAUAUUGUCCGAUAUAAAAGACGUUACUGUAAACGUUCCAGAGGUACAAAACAAUGGGUCUGUGCUAUCACAUGAUCCACUGCCACCUACCGAUAGUAUCGAUCUUUAUAAAAGACCUACAGCAAACACAAGAUCAACAAGAUUAAGUUACAAUGCUUUGUCUGUUUUUAUCUCAUCUUUAGUAUCAAACUUUAAUGAUGAAGUUGUAGUCGUGGCUCUCGAUGGUCUAAAUUUACUUUAUGAUAAUAACGAACAAACGUAAAGUGCCGUCAUGAUGUAGAGCAAUUAAAAAGAGAAAUUUCACUUUGAAUAUAAUAUCGGGAAUGAAAAAUAAUAUAUAUGUAUACAUAUUUUUGCCGCAGUAACUACUUUUAUGAAGAUAAUAUACAUUUCAUAUCAGGCAAUAUAUUUACUGUUAAUAGCGAAUAUAGUGAAAUUUUUAACAUUC